AUGUCGCUUGCAAAACGGGUCCAGCUUAUGUCCUCGGGCCCUUUGGAGAGCAAAAAACAGGAGCCCAAACCCGUUCCUCGAGCUGUUCGGUUAACCAUCAAAUUGGGUGAAACGACCGACGAUUAUUUUCCUUGCAUAAACUACAAAGAACUUCUUGGAAGACAGUUGAAAAAACUUGAACUUCGAGAGAAGAAAGGCGUGGUAGAUGCUUCCAGCGAUGAGGAUCCUUUUUCUAGAGAAGAAGACGCUGAGAACGAUAAGCUGGUUGAAAUAGCGAGGAAAUUCGAGGAGAAAUAUGGUCAAACGAGCAAACGAAGGCCACGUGUUGAUGAUUAUGAAGAGCUCGCUGACGGAUAUGAUGAAUCGGAUUCCUUUAUUGAUAAUACGGAGGCUUUGGACGAAGCAAUGCCGGAAGACGUGUCACCUGCGCUAGGAGGAUUCUAUAUCAAUAAAGGUCGUCUUGAGACUAGGAAAAACGAUGAUCUUUUCAGAUUCUCGCGAAAAGGGGGAGAAACUGCAUUGGUUUCUUCGGAUUCUGAAGACGGUGACAGGCCGAAGGAGCGCAAGAACACGGAAUGUUCUGAUACUACAGACGCUUCAUCAGUAAAAAAAAGUGGAAAGCAUAGGAAAGAUAAACAUAAAUCUCCGAAAAAGAAAUCAAAGAAAGACAAAAAACACCCUGAGAAAAAGCUUCCGAAAACUACAGAUGAUAGCAGCUCGUCGGUGUCUGAUACCAUCGAAACUGUGAUCAACAAAGCUCAAAAUAAUGAGAUCAACACCCCAAAAGUGAAAGGUCGUGAGGAUGGGAUCAAGAACAGCGUGGCCGAUGCGUUAAAAUUGAAAGUGAAGAAGGAUCUCAAUGCGAAAGUUCGUAAGGCGUCGUCAGGACCAUCUGAGGAGAAAGAAAUUUUGUCGCCGGUUUCAAAAACAAGCGCCGGCAAGCACAAACUCCCCGACAAGUUGCCAUUGGAAAUUGCGAAACCCGUAGUUAAAAUUGAAUUACCUCCUACAUUGCCGGACGAAAUUGGUUACCUGGUAGGAUGCUUGAAGAAUGAGCAUGAGGAAUGUGUGCGGGAUCGCAAAGCGAAAAAGGAACGAUCGUCCGAUGACAGCGAAGGAGAGGAGGAAUUCUCCAUGGGAGGAAAAAUGUUUCCAGAAAGCAUGAAAACGAAUUUGAUGAAGUUGGAAAAAGCAUGUCGGGGUCUGGACGUGGAACACCGCACGCAGGUCUUCACCUACCUGGGAUCGACAUUUGAAGUCAAGGCUGACGAUAUGCGCCGUAAGUCAAGAGAUCUGGUAAAAGAAGAGGAGGAUCGUCGACUGCUGCCAUAUCUGUCUCAGCUGAAGAAGGCGGUUGAUGCAACGAUGCCUGAACUCGAGAAACGUCAUCAGAACAAAUGUAAGGCAACAGCUGAAGGAAGAACUGAAGAGCAGAAUAGUGACUAUGAAAGUGAGGAAGAGAAGGGAGACAAACCCAAGACUCGUAUGCCCCGGCGUAAAUUCAUUUGGAACGAAGACGUUCGGGAAACUUUUCUUGAUGUUGUCCGCAUCAAAGUCAAGAUGUUUGAAGAAGACCAAAGUCCAGGGCUGGAUCCCGAAAAUUACCUGAAAGACUUUUUCGAGCAGCGCGUAAAAAUUAUUUGGCCCAAGAAUUGGAUGAACGCUCGAGAGCUGUAUAGGGAAUCCAAGAACGUCCACUCGCAUCUUACGAACAAAACUCGGAGGGGUAAUCUGCCGCUUAUGCGAAAAAGUGGCCCGCAGCUGUCCAUUCCUGCCCCAUCGAUGUCCCCAGUAUCUAGCGGGGUCCAACAUCGGAAUUCCAGUAGCCCAGCUGCCUCUGGCCCGCCUACCCCAGUUGUCUCAGUGUUGAACCCUGUUAAAACUUCUCCAGUGGCAGAACCUUCUGUCACCCCGACUAGCAUGCCCUCUGGAAUCGGUCCAUCAGAAAUGGUUAUGAACGCCAUGAAGGUUUUCAUGAAUGCGGGCAACUAUGGGAACAAUGCUGCGAGUCUUUUGAAUGAAGAAACAUUGAGGGCUAUGAUGGGGUUUGGGAUGAAUCCUGCUGGACUGUCGGCGAUGUUGCCUGGAUUUGGUGCACCUGCUAAACAGCCGAGCACGAAACGUCAGAGUUCUUCCGAUGAGCGUCGUCCUCCUGAAAAACGACGGAAAACAGAUCCUACCAUGAUUCCCCCUGUUAGAAAUCAAACCCCGCCGUCGGCUAUUCCGUCGUCUUCUCCAUCGCUGACAGUGACCGUGUCUCCGCCGAAAAUCCAAAGCGUAAUGAAGCAGGAUCAUGAUACAAUCGUUCUCCCUCGAGUGAACCUUACACAGCCAUCUCCUUCAAACGAGAAAAGCGAAGAUGACGUGAAAAGGAUUUCUCCGCGAGGAGAAUUCCGACCUAGCACGCCCGACAUUAAAUUGUAUUCAAUGGGAGGAAUGGGGAGUAAAAGUAACUCCUUGGUUUCUCCGAGUUCCGCUAUUGCGGCGUCCAGAAGUCAGGCUUCCGUCAAGCAACAUUCGUCUCCCAAAUCUUCUGUAUCUAUGCGGGUCUCGACUCCCAACGCGAGCUCUUCAACGUCAGCCGGAUCCAUGUUGGGCGCGAAGGCUCCGUUAGGGUUGGAAGUAACGCAGAUUCCUAAAAUUUCUAAUGUGACGACGAGUCCUGAGGUUUAUAAACCUCAUAAAAGGCCAGUCCUUGAAAGCUCAAUGCCAGUGUCGAGCUCGUUGUCUGGAUCCUCCCGUGAUUCAAAUUCUGAAGGUUCCAAAGGUCGUAGUGUCGUCAGUAUACCGAAGUCGACCACCCUGACUUUGACGCAAAUCGAAAGGCCCCAGUCUUCGACAGCGAUGGAAAGGAAUCCGUCAAAGCCUGUUGAGGGUUACGACCUUACAAUACCUUUGUUGAAGCCAUCGUCACGUCCUGAAUCCCGUUCCAUUCCAUCGUUGCCUGCUGGACUUACUGUGUCCAGCGCAUCGUCUGCGAAGCCUCGAUCAACUCCUCUUCCUAAACAAAGUCCCCUGGAUGAAGCGAAAAUGUCCUUGCCGAUACUCAGUUUAGGGUCUGAGUUGAGUUUUGCUUCGGACCUGUCGACUGGAUUCGGAGAUCUAUCGCAGAACAUGAAAGCGGACUUGGCUGACGGGGCCGUAGAUUAUUCGAGUCAAUCGCGACCGAUGAUUGUUUCAAGUUCUACUUCGAAGUCACAGCCCAUCAUUGAUUUGUCUUCACCUGAUUCUCAAGCGACUUAUCAAUCAAAGAAAAUGCAGGCUGCCGCAAUCAUGAAGACGCAGCCAUCGAGCCAUAACUUGGAUUAUGGAAACUUGAUACAACAAGAAAUUAUCAAGCAGUUGAGUCCUGAAAAACAAGCGUCAAAUGCUCCCAGCAGAUCUUCCGCAAUUCCGAAUUCCACCCAAGCGCACAAAUCGUAUUCGACUUCUGUGUCGAGUGGGUAUUCUGCUCAUUCUUCCCAGAGAUACCAAAGCCAGUCUUCGACAAGUUCGCAACCUACCUCAACAACUCCUACGUAUUUCCAAGAAGGUCUUGGCUCUCGCGUUCCUUCAAAUCUCUCUGGCUAUAAUAUCAGUCCGACCAGUCAGAAAAGCUCGGCGACCUCGGCUAAUUACGCGAGUUCACCGAUGUCGGGUAGCCCGACGAUGAGGAUAAGUUCAUCGUCAUCCUCGGGAAGUUACAUUGGUUCUACAAGCAGUCCUACUCAACGAAGCUCAUCCUCGUCAUCGUUGAAUUACUCCAAUGCUGCCCAGCGAUCGUCUUCGACGUCUGGAAAUUAUCUGUCCUCAACAGCUCCUGUGACGAGUUAUAAGACGACGAGUAGCGCGGCACAAAAUGCCGCAGCAGCUACCAUGCGAGAUUACCGUCAUCAACGAGCACCUUCUCAGGGAUCCCAUUCAUUGACGCAAAGCAAACAGAUCACCUCAGCGCAGCGCAGUGGCUCAUUUCCGGCGCCUCCAUCGAGGUCGUCUUCAGCCGCUGGGCAACUCGCAGCUUAUUACACGAAGGCGUCCGCGGGAUCAGAAGGUGUGAUGCAGGCGUAUCAGGAUGCGUCAACGCUAUCGCGGUAUCACCCCACCAGUAGUGAAGCCAGAAUUGCGGGCUCUUCCAGCCAAGGAAACCUUACUGCUUCCCAGCCGACGACCCAAACCAGGAAGACUUAUGAACAACCGAGAGCUGUUCCACAACCAACAGUCCAAUCUUACUCGACCUCGACAAAGCAAAUGUUUUCCAAUGAUGAGCAACAAAACGUGUCUCACCCGGGAUACUACACCAGCCCAGUUUACCGACAACAUCAACAACAAUCUCAUACACAAAAUCAAUGCUUUGAUGCUCGUUUUCGUUUGAUAAACUGGGGACACAAUCUGGAAAUCGUGAAGCGUCUCGACGUCAGUAUACUUGAGGAAGAUAUAUACGCGCCUGCACUUCAGUGA